AUGAAGCGAGUUAUCCCUCACUACUAUGCGUCGUUCACGCAUAGAGGGGACAUCAUCUACUUCCUUGGGCUGAAUGACAUUGAUGUUCCCGUGCUGGAGGCGAACAAGAGACUGACACAGCGGGAUAUGGAACAGCACUUACACUUUGUACGGCAAAUUGUGUGGGACUGUAUUGUCUCUUUCGACGAGGACCCGCUCAUGUACAUGGUGGUGGACUUGCGCGGCCUUCAGGUGAUGAACGCCUGGACAAAGAAGAACAGAAUACUUACACAACUUCUUCGAUCCAUUCGCGACCGUACGUUCACCAAGCGUUUCCAUCGUGUCCAGGUCGCCGCCAUUUCAGACAACCGUGUGGCUCGGACAAUUGUGGAGAUGAAGCGUCACAAGUUUCCACCAGGAACCGAUGUUCAGGUGUAUUCUUCUUUCGAUGCUUUUAUCAAUGAAAACAAACACAUUACCAGGGAUGUGCUUCCCAAAUCCCACGGCGGGUCGUCCGAUCUGAAUCUUCCUAACGAAGGGCUAGAGUACAUGAUCUCAUUCUUCGUGGAAGAAAUCCUUGCCCGCCAACCGGAAGCACUUUACGAGUGCUCGGAGGCUCGCGGGGGAAAGUCUUCAAAACUGGAAAAUUAA